UGUGCGUUGGCCUUCGUGUUUUGUGAAGCCAUGGCCUGCCAAUACACACAGCCUCCACUAUUUGGCUAAAUAAGCUACAGAGUAGCAGGGCACUAAACAUGCACUGCUAUUUUCUGGAUUGGCUGAUCAGUCUUUUAUAAUUGUCAUCUGUGGCCUCUGCUUUAGUGCUUUGGAUUUUUCAGUUAAGUUAAACUCAUUGGACUUGUUUUUUUUAAAGGGAGUUGCUACAACAAUUAUGAGAUAAUGUGUAUAAUGUCAUUCAUUGGCUGGUGGUCACCACAUCUCAUAGCGUUUUAAUGGCCCGGUUCCCGUACGUAAGGGUUUAUCGCCACCUUUUGUAUAUCACCUGAACUGCAACGACACCAACGGGACAAACAACGUGUUCCUUUUGUUGGAAAUGCCUCCCAGGACCAAAGUCUUUGAUUCCUAUGUUCAUGUGUUUGGUUAUGUGCCUCUUUUCAGAAGCAAAACAAGAAUUUUGUGCUGGAGUGUCUUGCCAAGUACAUUGUGAGGAAGAUGCCCUACGCCAUCCUACCCAAGCACCUCCCUACUGAACACAAAAAGGUGGUGACCUCUGUGAUGUGGAACAAGCCAGACGGUAAAUAUUUGGUUCCUCUGUGGAUCAUCAUCCUGGCCAUCCUGGCCGGCUUGCUACUUCUAGCUCUGCUCAUCUACGUCAUGUACAAGCUGGGAUUCUUCAAGAGGUCUCUCCCGUACGGCACGGCCAUGGAGAAGGCCCAACUCAAGCCCCAGGCUGCGUCCGAGGCCUAGGAGGGCCCGGAGCCCACCGCAGACAAGCAGGAUCGAGCCAUAUGAUUGCAAUGGAGGAACAGAAGGAGAGACGCUCAGACUUUGCAGUGUGAAGAGAGUUAGGAGGAGAAACGACCACUGGAACUCCACUGUGCUGCACUAGAAGAUGAGACGACACAAACCAAAAUGAUCUCCAAACCAAAUGAAUGUCUUUGCUUUUUUUUUUUUACACUUUCUUUUCUGCAGUGUUUUGAACUGACAGAUCAAGACUAUUUCUCCUGCUCGGUAGAAACUGGCUUCAGGCUCAAGGUUGGACUGAACCACCAGAUAUUUUGUCCUACACUAUGGAAUGAAAGGUUCCUGAGGAUUUUAGUUUUUUUACACGCCUCCACAUAAUACAUUUUGUUUGAACACUUUAUUAUUGGUGCUAAAAAGACUGCAUGUACUUCUGAAGGACCGCAGCCCCCCAUGCUGACUCAUCCCAAACUCCCUGUCCACCUUUCUGAAAAUCCUUGUAGUUUUUUAAAUAGGAAUCCAUGGUAUUCAUCUGGAAAGGUACACGCUGAACCAAAGACAGUAAGUGUAGAAUAGAACGUUAUUACUCAACAUAAUAUAACACCACAAUUGACCAAAGCGUUGAUGAACCUCAUUUCAACCUGCCUGAGGAUGGUGGAUACUUCAGUGUAGUUACAUUUUUUAUUUUUGUUUGUUUCGUUUUUUCAUUUUUUUUGCACUCAACGGAGGAAUCUACUGAUAAAAACACCAAAGACUGUGUGAAGACCUUCCUCGGAGGUCAGCCUUGGUCUCCUACUGGUGGUUGUUCGUUGCCGCGGUCCCGAGUAUGAACACGCUCCAGCCUCAUCCACUCCUCGGGUGUGAACCCGCUGCAGCCUCGUCCACAUCCUGUUCUCUCACCUGGGAAGGGGACUGGAACCCACGACCCGCCCGGGGAGCCAGGCCCCCGCCUUCUGUCCACAGCGGGCGGGCUGCUGUCGCCUUUCCCUCAGAAACGGGGCUGCUGUAUUAUCAUGAGGUCAUGAAAAAGGCAUAAAGAUCAGGAGGAAGAACCUCUUGUAAAGCAACCGUUACAUAAUGAUGUCUUGAAGAGCAGAAGCGACAAUCAUCCUGUUGGGAGCCGAAGGCAGGUGGAGGAAAUGUGUUCUGGGGGUGCAGGCGGUGGUGGGGUCCUCCCCGCUCCAUGCUGCAGAGGGAUCAGCUCACCGCAGGCGAUUCUGUAGGCUUUAACGGUCUCUUUAAUUAAAGGGCUUGCGUGUGUAUGAGGAUGUGUGCUAGCAAAGAGGGUAGUGAGGUCACACCGCACUGCCACAGAGGGCUGCGCUUCCACCCAGGGAACGAACAUUGAACAGGUUGUGUGUGGAGUAUUUGCAUAGGGUUUCACAGGUGCCUUAAAUGUAGAUAGUUAAUGACCUUUGUGAGGAUGUGUGCUCGUACGAAAUGCGUAAUGUAUGCGGGCACAUAAGUAUGGUGUGUGAGUGGUGUAUUUAUGAAUGUCUGUUUUCUGUAUGAAUCGGUUAAAAACUGUUUUCCCUUUGCUCUGAUGUCGUAAUUAUGUCGUUAUUUUUUUCUGACCAUGGUGUAAUCGUUGGAAUACAAUAUGGAACUGCAAAGACUUUCCAUCUUCAUGGGGAUUUAAUCCCAUCACAAUCGAUGGCUGCCAUCAAAAUGAGGGGCGUAUUCUGUUGACACCCAAUGACAUCGGAAAAAGGGCACUGGGAAAACAACAUGUUGUUUGGAAGUGCAAUAUUUGUAAUCUACUAUUAUGAUCGGUUUCAUGCGUUCUUAUUGUUUUCAGCGUAUUUCUGUGUUUGCUUCGCUAUCUGAUCUAAGAGUCCUUGAAGCUUUGUUUCCCUCACAGGCCAUCAUAUUCUCACUAAUGGCAGCAGUGAAGAGGUAGUUUUUCCAUGGUUUUCUACUGUGGUUUUUUUUUUUCCUCAGUGCAUACAUCUUGGACCACUUUUGCUAUCAGAUUUUUGUACCACAAACCUGCCGUGUGUGUGAAGCACAUUCUCUUGAGCCCCUCCCCAGAAACACGCCGCGUUCGCUGCUCAAGAUAAUUUUGUGGUGUCACAUUUGAAUGUGGCAUGCAGUUGUAUCACCUGUUUAAACACCACCUUUUACUAACCAUAUGUGUCACAUAGCUGUUCUGUCUUUAGCGCAGCCUUAUGUCAAGUAAAAAACAACACAUGUGUUUCACAGUUUCAGAAGACUGUCUUUUAGAUUAAUUUGGUAAUUGAUUCAAUCUGUAACAUAAUUUUCCGACCUGUUAUUUAUGAUGAUGCGAUCUUUCAUCCACGGUUCUAGUCGGAGGAGGGUCAGGACUUUUCUAAACAACCCCAUUUCUUGGACUCUAAAAUAAGUUGUAUAUAUUUCUGACAAGAAGAUUAUUUUUAAAUUCAAAUGAUAAAUUGUUUGUUGUGAAUUCUUCUCACCCCAUAUUGGGGAGAAUUUUUGUUUUUAGGGAUUUUGUUUUUGUUCAAAGUUUGUAUUUUAAAUAAAGUAUUUCCCUUUUUACACAC